AGCCAUGUAUUAUGAGCUACGGCACUUUAAUCAACGGAUACUGCAAGAAGGGUAAAGUUGAUGAAGCUUGGCGUCUUUUCCUCGAAGUUUCUUCGAAAGGCUUAGAACACACGACAGUUACUUAUAAUACCAUGAUACAUGGAUUAUUUAGUGAAGGCAGAAUUGCCGAUGGAUGGAAACUAUUCAACUAUAUGGAAGCUCGGCACGUACGUCCAGAUUUACAUACUUGCAAUAUUUUGUUGGAUAGUUUGUGCAAAACUCAUCAGAUUGCCGAAGCAUUUUCGUUUCUACGGGUGAUGGAAGACAAAGGAUUAAUUCCUAAUAUAGUCACAUACGGUAUCUUGAUUAAUGGUUUGUGCAACGAUGGGAAACUUGAAGAGGCAAAAAAGCUUUUAAAAGAACUUCCGUCCAAGGUUUGCAACCAAACUGUCAAGCUUAUACAGUUGUUAUCGAUUCACUUUGUCAGGAUGGAUUUGUCGACGAGGCAAAAGAUUUGCUUAUAAAAAUGGAGAGAAGCGGUUGUGUACCGAAUAGCGUGACAUACAACGUCAUUAUCCAUUGCUUGUUGAAGAAGAAAGAACUUGACAAGGCAAUGCCAUUCUUAGAGGAAAUGAACAAAAGGGGAUUCUCAGCCGAUGAAGCUACUUCAUUCAUGUUAAUUAAUCACU